CUUGUUAAAACAUGAGAGUAACGAAGCUCGGCGUGUUACCGGAUGCUAGUAGCAGAGAAGCAGUAGUUUGUAGUUUGUAGUUUGUAUCCACAUCUAUAAAGUGCAAUUACACAAGACUUCAAAAUGCGACCAGGUUACAGUGAAAAUCAUCUGAUAAAUAAAGAUUUUUCGCAGCCAUCAGACAGUGAGCUUCAGAAUUGGAUGACAAAAGCGUUUGAUAUGGCUAAAGACGCGCUUGAAAGCGGUGAAGUGCCAGUUGGAUGUCUUAUGGUUUACAACAAUGAGGUUUUGGGAAAAGGAAGAAAUGAGUCGAAUGAAACAAAAAAUGCUACACGCCAUGCAGAGAUGGUGGCACUGGACCAGGUGUUGGAAUGGUGCCGUCUCAGAGACCUGGACCCAAAUGAUGUGUGUAAGCACACUGUUCUUUAUGUCACAGUGGAACCGUGUAUCAUGUGUGCAGCUGCCUUGCGCCUGCUACAUGUUCCUUUAGUAGUGUAUGGUUGUAAGAAUGAACGAUUUGGAGGCUGUGGUUCAGUGCUGGACAUCUCAUCAGAUGAUCUACCACACACUGGUACUUCCUUCAAGUGCAUCCCUGGUCACAGAGCAGAAGAGGCUGUUGAAAUCCUUAAAUUAUUUUACAAGCAAGAGAAUCCUAAUGCGCCAAAGCCAAAAGUAAGGAAAGAUGGUGGCAUGCCAGUAGGGGGCUCUGUUAUCCUGCACAAAGCAUCAUGCAAAAACGAUGAUGGAAAAAUGGCCUCCUUGGACCAAUAAACAAAAAAGAAAAAAACCUGCAUUUUUAUUAUACUGACUGAAUUCAGGGAAACAUAUUCCACCAAUAUGAGGUUUAAAAUAACUUUUGACUUUUCAUGUCUUGGAAAUCUGCUGAUUCAUUAUUUUUAUGCAAUAGGAUUAUCCUGCCCACUCAGGAGGUUUACUGUAGUCUUUGUUGUCAUUAAUCACACCACACUCCUUUUGAAUUUCCAGUACAGCUGUGCUGCUUAAGCUAGGAGGAGUUGGUCUGUUCUGCAUUAAUGUCUAUGCUGGUUUCCAGUCUUUCUUCUUUUCCGUGUGUCCUCACAUAACCCGAACUUCUAUUCCAGAGCUGUGUGUGAUCUCAUAGCCUGUGCUAAAUGCAAGUGUGCUGACACUGUUGGGGUUUUACACUUUACAUUUAUUGUUAGCAUCUUUUUCACAGUUGUAAUGAAAAGUACAUAAUAACACACUGUAAUUUGUCACAUGGUUCCAAUAGCUAUCAAAAUUAACAAUUAAAAAGACCAUUAAAUAAAAAUAACAAUAAUUUACAAGUAAAAAGUGUGUUCAGAUGCAAUUUCUGCUAGUCUCUUUUUUUUCU